AUGGAGCAAUUCCGUCAGAUUGGGGAGGUACUGGGAAGCUUGAAAACCCUAAUGGUAUUCCGGGAUGAUAUUCAGAUCAAUCAGCGGCAAUGCAGCCUUUUGCUUGACAUGUUUAGUUCUGCUCACGAAACCAUUGCGGAAGAGAUAAGGCAGAAUCUGAAAUUCGAAGAGAAACAAACGAAAUGGAAAGUUCUAGAACAGCCAUUGAGAGAGCUCCAUAGGGUUUUUAAAGAAGGCGAGCUAUAUAUCCGGCAGAGCUUGGAAAUCAAAGACUGGUGCACUAAAGCCAUCAUUCUCUAUAAAGACACGGACUGCGUUGAAUUUCACAUCCACAACUUGCUCUGUUGCAUUCCAAUUGUCAUCGAAGCAAUUGAAUCUGCCGGAGAAGUGUCCGGGUGGGACCAAGAUGAGAUACAAAAGAAAAAAAUUAUAUACACAAUGAAGUAUCAGAGGGACUGCAGAGACCCAAAACUUUUCCAGUGGAAAUUCGGGAAGCAAUACCUGGUUUCUCAAGAUUUUUGCAAUCGGUUAGCCACUGUUUGGGAAGAAGAUAGAUGGUUUCUUCUCAACAAAAUCCGGCAGAAGAGGAAUUUGGGUUCGAUGAAGCAAGAGAAACGACUCAUGGAUCUACUUUUCAAGAACUUAGAUGAGUCUGAGCCAAUGAAUGGUCAACUCUUGCCGUGUUCGAUCUUGGUGGGGUCGAAGGACUACCAGGUGAGGAGGCGGUUAGGGAGUGGAAGCCAAUACAAGGAGAUUCAAUGGCUAGGCGAGAGCCUUGCUUUGAGACACUUCUUUGCGGAUAUUGAACAAAUAAUUCCUGAGAUUUCCAAAGAACUCUCUCUCUCUCACCCAAAUAUAAUGCACAGCCUUUGUGCGUUCACUGAUGAGGAAAAGAGAGAAUGUUUUCUUGUAAUGGAACUCAUGAGUCGAGAUCUCAGAAGCUAUAUGAAGGAGAAUUGUGGCCCGAGGAAGCGAAUUCCAUUUUCUCUUCUUGUUGCGGUUGAUCUCAUGCUUCAGAUUGCAAGAGGAAUGGAAUAUCUCCACUCUAAGCAAAUCUAUCACGGAGAUUUAAAGCCUUCGAACAUCCUCGUAAGACCAAGAAACAUUUCCUCAGAAGGGUAUUUGCACGCGAAAGUUUCUAGAUUCGGCCUGUCAUCCUCCAUUAACGUCAUGGAAAAGACAUCUUCGAAUCAGAAUGGGACGCUCUCUUUCAUAUGGCACGCUCCAGAGAUUUUAGCAGAGCAAGAACAGUCUGGAAGAAUCGAAAACUCAAGAUACACGGAAAAGUCUGAUGUAUACAGCUUUGGGAUGAUCUGCUUUGAGCUUUUGACUGGGAAAAUCCCUUUCGAGGAUGGUCAUCUUCAAGGAGAUAAAAUGAGCCGAAACAUUAGAAUGGGAGAAAGGCCGCUAUUUCCAUUCCCUUCACCUAAAUAUAUAACAAGCUUGACAAAAAAAUGUUGGCAUACAGACCCAAAUCAACGACCCAGUUUCUCAUCCAUCUGUAGGAUUCUCCGAUACAUCAAACGGUUCUUAGUGAUGAACCCUGAUCACAACCAACUGGAUCCACCAAUGCCGCUGGUAGAUUACAGUGAAAUCGAGGCAGGGAUUUUGAAGAACUUUCCAUUUUGGUGGAGUUCAGACCCAUUACCCGUAUCACAAGUCCCAUUUCAGAUGUUUGCUUAUAGAGUCCUGGAGAAACAGAAAACAAACACGAGUAAUAAAGAUUACUAUGAAUCGGGGAGUGAUGGAGCCUCGACUUGUGGGGAUGAAAAUGUGACUGCGGAUGAUCCAUUCCCAUUAGCAAGUGAAAAGAAGUAUUCUGCCUCUCCUGAAACUACGAUCAAGAAACUGCCAUCAUUGAAGAAAUCUCCAGAUGUGAAAGCCAACAAACAGCCAGGGACACCAAAAGGAUGGUCAUUAAGGCCUCCACAAAUGUCUCCUCGUGGACGUGCUAUAAGGAUGAGUUCUGAAAGCCAGCUAAUGGUCAUGAGUCCAAAACCACGAAGAAUAUCUGGUCAUGUGUCGGAUUCUGAGCUUUCAUAGGCCCUAAUUAUACUAGUCAUUACCUCCACUAGAUAUGGAUUACCAGAUCAUAUUCACCUUCCCCGCACAGCCCAAACAGAACCUAUUUGUGAGUUUCUGAUUUAGAAUAGGAGUUCAUCAGCUUACUUUGACUGGCUAUUUACCAGAAUUGUAGCCAAGUUAUUUGCGUUGAAUUACUACAGUCUGUAAGAUAUGAACAAGUUUCACAAUGUCUUUCUUUCUGCCAGUGUCUGUUUGAUAACAGCAAGGGAUGAUAUUCUACAAGUUUCUGGAUCCACUAA